GUUUUGGUGUUACAGUAACACGUGCUCGUGCAUGACCCUGAACUCGAGAGGAUGAAUCAGUUUCAACCAAUGACGUUGUUCAACGAAAUAAAACUUUCCUUGAGACUUCCGUAUAUGUUCGGGAAGAAACAAAACACCCUAAAUAUUUUCCAAUUUAUCCACGAAAUGUAAUUUCCCUAUGCUGAAAAGAUACAUUACAUUGAGGGCUGUGUUUUCACAUUGUGGGUACCACUGUGGCACCCAAUCGUCACCCUGUAUUUCACCUGACGCGGAACGGGGAGGCGUUAUCCUCUUCAACACCACCACCACCGAACCGUAGGCGGCUUCGCGUGCUGCCUGGAUACAGUUCUGGCUUACAAGAUGCUGAGCGGCGUGAUGCGCCUGAUUUGACAAAUUGUAUAUUUUGUGGUCCUAUACUCCUAGCUUUAGCUGUCAAUGUCCAUCAUUCGUUUUGGUCGUUUUUUAUUUUUACAUUUCAUACCAGUAUGUUCCCUUCGUGCUAUUCAAAGCCGACGAGUUCAAAGGACCUAUUCAAAAGGACUUAUCUGACAAAGAUGUUACUAGGAGUGUUCGUCGUGUAUAUGUCACACACCUGCUGGGUGAUUUAUGGCUUUGUAUACACCAAGCCUUGUGAGAGAGGUAAAGGAGACUGCAUUUCUUCCUACCUUGCAGAAAGACCCCGUCUCCAGCUCAGCAUUUUCUCCAGUUUGAGGCCUGACCACAGUGAACUCAACCUCAUCAUCAAGAUAGAUGACUUUGACAUACGUUCUAAAUUUGAAAGGGUGGUGAAUGUAUCCCUGCCGUUGGCAACACGUAACAACGGGACUCUGCACACAUUGGUUUAUGUACACAAGUUUGGAGUGUCUCCCUUGCAGGAUAACCGGCAGGUCCAUCAUGUUGCCCAGAUCAGCACCUACAUGAUGUCCAGAGGAAAUCUCAGCUCUGCUAAAGAGGUCCUCAAAAAACAUGCUGCCACUGCUCCUCGAGUAGUAGACAGACCCAUCUCUCACUGGAGGUCCCGUCUAACCCUAAACAUGAUGUCAGAGGACUUCACCUUCAACAGAGGGACCUUGCCAAGUGAUGUCCGGCGCUACAUGAGAGUAUUUCAGGAUGAAAACAGGAUGGUAUAUCUCCCACUUCUACACAUUGAUGAACUCAGCGUCAGGGUAAAGGACAUGAUGGAGAUUAACGGCUCCAACAAACUACCUCUUACAAUAUCCUACGAAGGCCUAUCGCUGAGGCAAUUCCGUCUCUGGAUCCACAUGCAGGAUGUAAUGUUUUCACUGAAACGUUUUGGGUUCACUGAGGUGAAUAUAGAUGAAAUCAAAGGUGUUCUUGUGGACAACAACUUGUACCUGUUAGCAUUGACUACCCUGGUGACUGCAUUCCAUUUCAUAUUUGAAUUCCUGGCCUUUAAAAAUGACAUACGCUUUUGGAGGAAGAAGAAAAACAUGGUGGGCAUGUCUCGCAAAACAGUGCUGUGGAGAUGCUUUAGCACCAUAGUGAUUCUCCUGAAAAUGCUGGAGGAACGAAGAAGCUUGCUAGGUCUUAUUCCUGUUGGAAUAGGAACCACAAUUGAGGUAUGGAAGGUCAAAAAGGUUUCCAAAAUACAGCUACAGUGGAGAACCUCUAGGUCCAUAGUUCAUGUUGGUAAAUUUGAUGAAUCAGAGAGAAAGACUAUACAACAUGACACACAGGCAAUGAAAUGCCUGUCUUAUUUAGUGUACCCUCUGUCUAUUAGUGGAGCCAUCUUCUCUCUGGUGUACCUGAGGUAUAAAAACUACUAUUCAUGGUUAAUCAACAGCCUUGUCAGUGGGAUUUAUGCUUUUGGAUUCCUCUCUAUGGCUCCUCAGCUGUUCAUUAACUUCAAGUUGAAGUCCGUGGGCCAUUUGCAAUGGAACGUAUUGAUGUAUAAAGCAGUCAAUACAUUCGUCAACGAUGCCUUCACCUGUGUCUUCAGCACACACCCAUCCCACCAGCUGGGCUGCUUCAGGGAUGAGAUUCUGUUUCUCCUCUACCUUUACCAGAGGAGGCUUUACUCUACGAACAAGACCAGAUGUCGUGAGUAUGGAUCAUGCCACCACAACCACAGGAAACUCAAAGCCCAAUGAUGACUGAGGUCAUCACCAGAAAACAUGGUUGAAUGAAGGAAACAUACCUGCACAUGGUGGGGUUGUAAACAGCAUGGAGGCUCUCUGAGGGUGCAUCAGGGUUUAUUAGAAGCCUUUAGUAAAGUUCACAAUUCGUAGAGAAUACAGCUUAUUUUUAGUCAACCCUGUGUUGUUCAUCAUUAACCACUGAUAUUUCCAUGUGUUAGAAGUUUGACCAACCCGUAUGUAGCCUACAGAAGCAUGAACCUUUUUUUAGUGAUGCAUAUUGACUACUGCAUUGUUAGGUUUGAGGCUUGCAAGAAAGGCAUUUCACUGUACUUGUGGACAUGACAUUAACACUUGAAAAAGGAGGCUGCCCCUCGCCCUGCCUGCACUGCUCCAUGUUACCAGAUAUAACCAGGAUGUAGCCUACUGAAGCAUAAAGCUGCCCACUCUGCCUGCACUGCUCCAUGUUACCAGAUAUAACCAGGAUGUAGCCUACUGAAGCAUAAAGCUGCCCACUCUGCCUGCACUGCUCCAUGUUACCAGAUAUAACCAGGAUGUAGCCUACUGAAGCAUAAAGCUGCCCACUCUGCCUGCACUGCUCCAUAUUGUCCACAAGAAUGCAGUGUUGUCAGCUCCUUGCUGUACUGUUUUCUGCUUGUUCUUUCAGUCCUCUACUUCCUGUUUGAGAAAAGUCCAUGUAUAGAUGGGUGCUAAAGGGGGGGAAUGAGAAACAUGUACAAAAUAUGGAGUAACGUGAAGUACAGUGAAAUCCUGAUAAAUUCAAUGGCGUUGGACAGUCAUAUGUGAGAGUUAACCGGAACAUGCACAUAACCUGUAUCAAUCCAGGCUGUAUUUGAAAUGGGACGAUUGAGCUACAAUGCACUAAUGAAGUUUUUUGCACUUAUACAAUGCGCACUUAUCAGGAAUCAACUGUACUUUUAAAUAAUGAAGCUACUGUAAGGUCUUUAAAAAUUAAGUAGGAAGCGUAGCCUGAUCUUUUUACCAGGGUUUAUGGAAUGCCUUUCCUCUUUGAUUAAAUUAUUACAAUUAAAUGAUUUAUGUGUUU